AGCGACCGUCGGCCGGUGACACAGCCUUGUGUUUUCCACUCGUACGAGACACGAGUAGUACGCGACAUUUUAGUUUUUACCUAUUCCAGUUCCGAAAAUUAUGAUUUAUGCCUAAACCGGAUCCCUGUAAGAAGUUAGCUUGCGCUAUUCAAAAAUGUCUAUCUGAGAAUGAUUUCCAAGAGUCUCGUUGUACAAAACAUAUAGACAAUCUACGAGAGUGUUGCAAAAAAUUUCAUGCAUUUUCACUUGUGUGUUCUGGUAUGAAACCUAAAGAAAUAACUGAAGAAAACCAAAAUAUUAAGGAAUAAUAUGUCAGAAGAUCAGUCAAAUCAGCGACAUAAUUAUCAACAAUUUUCUGAUAGAAGAAAAUUUAAAGAUUUGCCAUUCUAC